UGUGUUCUUGUGCAGACAAACAUUUGCAAUCUGAGAUGUCGACACAGAAGCCAAAGUCCCAUGAUGAUGAAUCACUUAACUUUGACAAAUUGGAGAAAGAACUGUAUGCAGCUGUAGAUGCAGACAAGAGAUAUUGGCGAGAAAAUGAUGCAAAGUUUCGGGCAGUUGGACAAAAAGUGGAAUCUUAUGAGGAGUUUCAAGACAUUGUCAAAGCAUCUCAUCUAAAACCAUUAGAAAAGGGAGAUAACCUCAACAAUAUUGUGUUUGAUCAGCCAUGGAAUUCACAUGCAAUUAAAAUGAAGAAUGCAGCACCGCUCAAAUCAACAGGAAGCAAUCUUCACAAGACUGACAAUUUACCUAAAAAUGGACAAGAAUUUGCAAGAGACUGGCGACGACACCACAAAACAGUAGAGGGUCAAUAUGACUUUCUGCUAAGCAUUGGAGGAGCACGUCUAGAAGAAAUCUUUAAAACUGAGAUCAGCUUUGGAUUAUUGGGCGAUAUUUUAACAGCUCUGUGUAGUGGAUUUUCUAACUCGGACUCGACUGCUAUUCUUGCAAUUGUUGAGGGAUUAUCUUCAGCCAACAGAUUUUCCCUUUCUGUGCAGUUUUUGAGUUCAAAAGAAAAACAAGUGUGUUCAGACUUAUUUCAGAAACUUCAGCUCUCGAUUGAAAGUCAAACGGAAGCUGAUGGAAAACAUAUUCAAGAUCGUUUAAAAGAGUUAGAGAAAAUAUAUGAGUUGAAAUCAAAAUAAAGAUAAAAAUACUUU